CGUGUAAUGUUCCCUCUCAUCGUAUCUUUCAUCUCGCAUUUCGGUACUCCUGUAACGAUUUCACCGGCGAAUAUUGUAGAUAAUCUUUAGCUAUCAUCUGUGUGUGCCGGUCAUCUUCUACAAGUAGAGCUUUAUCGCAAAAAAUGGUGCCAUUUAUUUAAGAGCUAGGCAAACAUAUUUUAAUACGUACCGUUUUUUUUUAAUCAAAUCGUUCACAUAAUGAAGUGUGUCUCGUUACAAGUGCUGUUUUUCGUGCUCUCUAUCGAGUUGAUGUUUAUAGGCCUUAGUGUUGGGGAAAAACGUAAGAAUGAUCCGAAUGAUGACACCUCACACGAAGAUGACCUAUCCCGAGGCGGCAUGCGUGGUCCUGCAACGUUUCCAACGAUUGAUUCCGACAAGACUGAGCCAACCGUUACGGAGGCAUCACUAUCAGCCUACGAGCUACAGCGACAGCAAUUGCUAGAACAUCCCGACCGUUUCAGGGAAGAGGAUCUGAAGCCGCUGCGCGAAACACACAUCAACGUUCUGCACGAAGCGAUCGAUGCGAAACUGAUCGAUCAAAGUUUCAUCCGCACGUUGGGAGCCGUUUCGGAACCACCCAAGGUGCACGACGCUACCCGGGAUACACUUUCGAUACGGUCCAUCGUUGAAGAUGUAAAAUUUACGCUCGGUGAUCGUGUAAUGCGUUGGAAAACGAUGAGCGCGACAAACGUUGAUCGGCACGUUGUCGUGGGUUUAACAGCGGCCAGUCUGGUGGUGUUGUUGGAGCGAGAAGGACAAUACGUGCUCAGCCAGGAGCUGAUGCUUGAAUCUGUACCGAUCACCUUCGAGGUGCUGAACUUUUGGGACACGGAGCGUGCUUCAGCGGUCGGCUGUGUGCUGAUAUCGAUGGGUAAUUUCCUCGUGUGGUACACAAUGCGUGAACAAGCGGAAUACCGCCUGGAAGAAGAAUGGCGUUGGCCGUUACACAAAACUAUUACGCAAAUUAAGUUCUUCCGCCAGAAGGAGGUUGAUGCGCUGCUACUAAUAGGACGCCAUCCGAACCGGUACGAAUCCGUGUCGGCGACCGUGUACGAAUUUUCUUUUAACGAUCGUCAGUUCUGGUUAAUGCAGAAGCUCGGUUUAAAACAUCCUUGCCCAUCGGUAGGACUUGUUGCUGCUGGGGAAGAGUAUUUGGUAGCGUUUCCCCAAAACACCACGGUCGAAAUGUUUACGUUCCGAGUGGGUGAUCAGAACAGGCGGAAGUUUAAGCCCGUCGGGACCUACACGUCGGAAGCGCUUCGUUCGGUUUACGCAUUCCAAAUCGGACGAUAUGCGUACAUUGCAAUUAGUGGUAAAACGCCAGCCGUUUUACGAUACAAGCGAGGCAAGUUUUACGAACAAAAAAUUCCUACAGAAUCGCUCGAAAUAGUGGAAGCUUUCUUUGAGAUACCGGCCAGAACGUACCGUGACGAUAUGAUUCUGCUGGUACAGCAUCGCAUGAUCUUUGCCACGCACGAAAUUCAACGAUUGGAAGCGCUCGUCUGGAAUGGAGUGUCGUUUGAUCUGGCCACCAACAUACCGUGCAUGGUCGAGAAUGAGGUGAUUGACAAUGAGGUCAGUUGCAUGCUGGACGUAGACCGAACGGAUGGUUUGUUCGGUGCGGCGAUUGUACAGCGCGGAAAAUCGAUUUCCAUCAUUGUGCCACGGCAUGAGGCACAUUCGAGUCUGUACCAUUUGUCUAUCGAACUGCUCUCGGGUGAGCAUCCGAUUUUAAUGAAAAUCCAGGAGAUUAAGGAAACGAUGGACGCAUUUACCAAAAUUAUCGACUACCAGAAUGCGGUAAUUGAGCAAGCGGAAUCGUACAAAGGGCUGAUGGAAAGUGACCCUGUAGUAUUGAAGCGACAAAACAUUAGCACGGUGGACACUCCUUUGGUGAGGUUUGCAGAGGGGUACGAUUUGUCCGAAACGAAGAUAACCAUUGGUCAAAAUAGCUGGCGAAUGGCGGACUUUGAAGCAGAUCUAGGAGCUACCGUUAAAACAGUUCAAGACGUAGAACAGAGCGUUGAUGCAAUGCUGACCGAGCUGCAGUACAGCGUGCGGCGAGAUAGCCGAUCACAAGAUCUUCAGAUCAACGGUACGGUACAGGUGACGGGAAAGCUGUACGUGGAUGGCGCUUUGCACGCUGAUGAUAUGUACAUCCAACGAUUCGAACAACCCCGAACGGACUAUCUCCCUCGUUUUGGUCGUGAUGCAAACGAUCACACAUCCACUGCGAAAGAACUGCACGUUAAGGAACUGAGCGUAGAGCAGCUUUAUUUCGACCAUUUCAAUGGUAUCCCGGCUGAGGAGUUUGUGUACAAUGUUGACGGCAAGGUAGCUCUCGACGGAGAAUUAGUCAUCGGUGAUGAUCUCUACACGAACAGUGUCAUUCUGCCCGAAGGUGGAACGGUCAAUGGAAUCGACUUAAGCGAAUCCUUGAUCUAUUUCAACUGUAAGAACAGACGUUGGAAAAACCUAACGCUAGAUUCGCUGGAAGUUAUCGAUGAUGUGCACGUUGCGAGUAAAGUAAAUGGUGUGCAAAUUAAUCUCCAGGAAGCAGAAAGCUCUCUGCGCAAAGCGAUCGAUGAGGAUGGACGUGUGUUACGCACCAAAUCCUUGCACAUUGAGGGAGACCUAAGCUUCGAACGUAUUAACGGAGUUCCAUGGAAAACGUUUUUCAAUGGGCUUGUUUUUAAGAACCGCCCAAUGCGAUUAGGUCAUCUUUAUGUUGAUGGGAAUGUUACAUUCGGUAGUCAAACAACCGUACAGUUCUUGAACAAAUUACGCUUCCCGGAAGAUUAUGUGUUACGCAUGGGACCGCGUGAAUCGAUCAUAACAGGCCAGAAGCAUUUCAAAGGAUUGCUAACAAUGGAUGCACUUGACAUCGAUGGUUUCGUGAACGGUAUCAAUCCGUUUGAUUUCAUCACGCUUCACGACGACCAGUACAUCCCGGGUAACGUUACGUUCGAUUUGUUAGAAAUCGAAGAAUCCCUCGAAGUUCGCGGUGCCGUACAUGGGAAGCACAUGGAUAAAUUUCUAGACAAUCCAUCUAUGCUGCAAACGACCAUCCUAAAAGCGGCCUGUGAGUUUAACGAGGUAGUUGUCCACGGACCUAUUUACGUCGAUCAGCUGGAUGGAUACGAUUUGGAUCAGUUCUUGCAGAGCGUUGUGUAUAUCGACGAGCCGUACGUUGAAAUUAACGCAUCGAAACACUAUCGAAAUCUGCAGUUUUAUGACCCGAUCCGGAUAGAAUCAAACAUGAUUGGGGAGAUACAUCUGGAUGAGCUGCUUACGAAAAGCACGGAUCAAACGGUCAACAUCAGCAUGGUGCUGGGCAAUGUGUUUUUUAACCGCGUACAAAUGGACGGACUGUUCGGAGGCAUUAACGUGACAGAAUGGGACAUGAAUUCGAUCAAAGUGUUCGGUGAUCAACACACGCAAGCGACAGUAGAGUUCUGCCCUCAGUAUUCUUUGCUGUACGCAAAGAACCUGGAGAUACUGGGAACGCUUAACGGUCAAACGCGUGCUGAGUUCUACGAUAUGGAUGAAGAAAUUGUCUUUCGCGAUCAGUCUAUCUACAUAGCGGACGUUUAUGCGAGUUAUUUAUCGCUGACUGACAGUUUGAUCGAUGGUCCAUCGAAGAUGCUGAACAACGUUCAUCUACCAACAUUUGACGCCUACCGGUUCAGUUUAAGCCAACCGCAGACGUUUAAUUAUGACGUACUUGUCGAUACGCUGUACGUUGGCAAAUCGUUUACCACGCGCUACCUGAAUGGAGUGGAUGUUGUGAAUCUGCAGGAAAAUGUGGAAACUUAUCUCAACGACGAUUACAUGCUUAGCGGUAAGCAUGUGAUCGAUACACUACAUAUCGAUGGUAACGUCGAAAUCGGUAUCUUGAAUGGUGUUGAAUUCGCCCGAUUUCUGAGUAACGUUAUAUGGCUCGACCAACCGAACACUGUACCGAGCGCAUUGCACUUCCUGCAACCCUUACACGUUCAGGGCGAUGUGUCCGUUGGUGGAACUUUAAAUGAGAUACCAUUAACACCAUUUUUAGCUAACGUUGUGUACAGGAACGAUGGUGCGGUAUUGGAAUUUACUGGAGCAAAGCUUUUCACCCAAGGGUUCGAUGUGGUGGGCGAUCUAAAUACACCAAUAAUUAACAACGUACCGGUGAAAGAUUUCAUACUUAAAAACGAAUCCAUCGCAUUCCCCGGACAUGUCGUAACGCUCGGUAGGGUGUACGUUAAAGAAAUGAUUGUGACGGGAACCAUCAAUGGAAAAUCAUUUAAACCGAUCGAAACGUACUAUGCAUACAACAAUAUAACCGACACACACAUCAUAAAGGGUGAUCUACAUCUGCAAGGACAUCAGAUGGUUCACAAUCUUGAAGCGCUCGGUGGUUGGAAUGAGCUAAUGAAUGUAAGCCAAAAGCUUGUAACGCUCAUUCGGACGAAUCAGGACUACUACUUCAAGGGUCACUAUGUGCUUCAGGAGGAAGUUCAUUUCAAACAUGGAUUUACGGUCGAUUUCAUCAACGGGUACAAUGUGUCGGAUGUACACAACGAAAUCGUUUACUACGAUCAGGAGGAACCGAUCGUUUUUACCGAACCGGUAGAAUUCCACGGUAAAGUAUGGGGCGGAUCGUUACGUGUCGAAGGGGAUUUGAUAGGCAAAAACCUGAUGGGAAUCGAUCCCGAUGUACUUGCUAAACAAACAUUGCUAGUAAACAAGGAUUACGAAAUCUUCGACAAGAUGGUAUUUCUUCCGGGAGCCUUCAAAUGUGACCAUCUUACGGCAACGCAUAUCAACGGUUUACCGACGAGCGCACUGAUUACACUGCACACGGAACAAACGAUCGAGCAUCCAGUGUACGUGAAACAAAUCGUCGUCCAUCAUCCAGUGCAAGUGGAAGGUCUUGUCAAUGGACGGAAUCUUCCCUUUGAACGUCAGAAUACAGUCAUGCGUUACGGUGAACAAACGAUCGAAGCUUCCUCCGUAUUCAACACGAUACGCGUGCUGAACAGUGCCACACUGCCAAACAUGCUGAAUGGCGUUCCAUUUGGUGAACCGGUGCAACUGACCGACGAUAUGACUAUCUCGUCUCCGUUAAGCUUUUACCAAAUAGCGGCCAACGAUGUGUACACCAAGGAUACGAUCGGCGGGAUAGAUUUCGAUCGCUGGUACGACCAAACGCUCUGGACGGAUGGACGCGAGCAUCAGGUGUAUCGCGGUAAGCUACGAUCGCGCAAAUUCGUUUUCCGCGACUCUAUCCACGGGAAUGGAACGAUCAAUGGGUUAACCAUUGAUGCCAUUGUGCGUAAGUUACAUGCGGAGAAACAGAGCGUCGAGGGGGAGCUGGCGAAACGCCGCUCAAAUUAUCGUACGUUUUGUCGUGAAACGCAGGCACUCAUCAAUGGUACGCAACGAGGCAUCUAUUUCUUUAACUAUUUCGUACAACGGCAAACAAUCCGCGAGCAGCAACCCAUUCAGUCGUUCAGGACGUUCCACCAUCAGGGAAAUUAUUUCCUCGGAAUCAACUUUGGCUGUGGUAGCAAAUUUUACCAAUGGAAUCCACAGGACAGAACGUUUGUCGGUCUGUUUAAGAUGCACACGGGAUAUAUCUUUGAGUGGCAAACGGUUGCACGGGAUGAGGAAAAUCUCUAUCUAAUAACGCGAUCGGCUCCUACGGAUGAGCAGUGCAAUGUGACAGGUUUAUCGAUAUGGCAAUUUAAGGGAUUAUCAUUGGAAAUGGUGAAAAACUUCCCGAAUAGGGAUGUCGACAGCAUGUUCGUAGAUCCCGCUAUAUUCGAGCGAUUCUACGUUUUGGAUCGAACGACCGUGUUUGAGUAUGACCUGGCGGGGACCGUGCAAGACGAAUGGGAUCUAUCACGUAUCUUCGAGUCUGCUAGCUUUUUGCCACACACGCUCGGUGUUGGGCUAGCAUUGGCCGAUGGUAAACGGAUCGCAGUUCUCUCCCGGAAAGAGACUACCGCAACUUCCCGCCAAAAACGAUCUCAUGAAGAUACAGUCGUGAACCUUGCCUUAUUCGCUUCCCCUAUAAAUGUGUAUAAUCAUAUGCAACGGAAUAAUUCAUACUACCGGACGGAUGAUACUCCGGACGAAUACUCACCAGACGUGGCAUUACUUACCCAACCGGACCCGGUGAAUGAAAUUGGAUCGAUGCAGGAAAGCAACGAUACCGUCAUCAAAACACGCGAAUCGGCAACGGUUCUAGUCGAACCACAGCAUCUUCCCGAACCACGGAUAGCAAAAGCUGUACCACUCGGGCGCAUUAGCACUACGGAAAAUAAUCAUUUCCCCGAUCCUGCCACCGGUGAGCUGGUUAGCCUGCACGUUGGCUUCAAGGGUGAAGCGAAACGUUUGCUCAUCGCCAUCACAAAUACGGUGAACACGAUCGUCAAGGGCAACCAUGACACAAUCCGCAUCUACAGCGACAUUUUGCAAGGGCAUCUGUUCCAGAUCAUUGCCUGCCAUCGGCCAUCACAACUGACCGUGCUAGAAAUUAGGGAUGAAACAAUAUUGGCAUUUUUGGAAAGCAAUCGAAAGGUUCAGCUAUAUACGUACCGUGGCCGGAAAGGGUUCGUUCAUUGGAACAGCUUUAAUCUAGCAUCGUCCGGCAUUCAGAUGGCAAGCGUGCAGUUACCACAGGCACCAUUUUUCAAGUGCAAUCUGCACUAUCUGGCCAUUGCGCUCAGCAGCAGGGAGUUGAUAUUUCUCAAGGCCAAAACACAAGGCGAUUGUGGGAUCAAUCUGCAACUGGAUUGUGGAGACGUGUAGUUAUUAGGAUUAUGUAUUGCGUUUUAGCGGGUUGUGUUUUGUUCUAUUUACAACGAAGCGAAAGUUGUAUUAGUAGAUGUUGUGAUUGUAGGAUUUUUUGUUUUCUUUAUUGUGCACGCUAAUAAAGAGUCUUUUGUUUAUA